GUCAAAUCGGUAAGCAAGCAUAAAUUUCUUACUACUAUCUCAUGGCUAUUGGUUAUUCGAACAGUCAUUUUGAAAAAUUUAGGGAGGAUGGGCCACUAUUUUGGACCCGGAAAUGGACGGAAGAAGAUGAAAAUUCAAAGGAGAUAGAGAGAAAAGCUUUGCUCUUUAUUUCUCACGGUCUUGGAGAACAUGGCGGGUGUUAUGAUGAACUAGGAAAAUUCCUGUCAAAAUUGGGCAUCUUAGUGUUUUCCCACGAUCACAUUGGUCAUGGAAAAAGUUCUGGGAUUCACGUUCAUGUUGGAGACUUUAAAGAAUAUACCAUGCCGAUCUUUGACCACUGCGAUCAAAUGAAGAAAAAAUAUCCCGAUUUACCGUUGUUUCUGUUUGGACAUUCAAUGGGAGGCGCCAUGGCCCUUUUAGCAGGCCUGGAAAAACCAGAUUAUUUCACAGGCAUCAUAACAUCCGGACCAUUUGUCAUUCCGUCCAGGGGCUUUCCCUCUAAAUGUGAAAUGUUUUUCUUGAAAAAUAUCGUCGCAAAGGUGUUCCCUCAAAGGGUACUUUUUCAAGUUGACCCGAACGAGGUGUCCCGUGAUCCUAAAACAGUUGAGAGAAUUAGGAAUGAUCCCCUGUUCCACUCGGCAUUCAAAGCAGGACUUGGAAAAGCUUGGAUUGAUUGCGCGGCAAAAAUCCAAGAAAACAUAAAAUUGGUGAGUUGGCCAUUCCUCGCUCUCCAUGGUGACGCUGACCCAAUCAGUGACGUCAAGUUCUCCCAGACACUGUAUGACGAGGCGUCAAGUCAAGAUAAAGAACUAAAGAUAUAUCCAGGUUGUCUUCACCACCUAGUGUUAGAACUAGAGGAAGAUAGGAAACAAGUUUUUAACGAUAUCAAACAAUGGUUAGAAGAUAGGAUGUGAAUAGCCUUCUUAGCAAUACAGUUUGACAAGAUGUGAUCCUUGUAUCAAGACGAAAUUAAACAGUUGUUUUCUACCACGCAUAUCAAUCGAUCUUGCUCGGAGAAACCUCAAGACGAAAUCAUACAGUGGCCAUGCACCAGGCACAUCAACCCACCUGGCUCGGAGGUUCCAACAAUUUCUUUAAGAGUAUAUUAUAGAAAUCAAUACUGUGUUACAUUAUUUUUCUCUAUGAUAUGCUAUAAUUGUAUUUGACAAUUUCAUAGUAAAGCUGCCCUGAAAACAGAGUUGUGAUAAUUCUGCGUGUAACUUAAAUAAUUAUUACAAAAUUAUACACAUGUACAAGGCGUUGAUUUCAUUAACAUUUUAAAUUCUGAACAAUGGGUUACACUGCCUAUCAAUUUUCGUUCAUAAAUAAGACCCCCUAUAUAAAAAGCCUUUCCGACAUAAUAUGAAUAGAUGUAAAAACCUGGUAUUUUUUUUUUACGUUCAAACUCUUCAAACUGUAUACCACAAUAUUGAUUUUUCGACGCAACUUUCCAUCAUUAAAAAAUGCAGAUAUCAUAACUUUAAACGUAAGAAGCUGUAUUUCUUCAUAGCAAGAAAACCUUACCAGCUUUAUUCCUUAAUUGCAUGUAUCUUUAGUAGGAAGAUUGUUUUGGUAUCUAUUUUUUGUUCAAAAUAUAAAGAAAAUGUCACCGUUAACGAAGUGCAAUUUAUUAUUUAUUCAUCGAUAUACAUGCAAGUCAUAUAUAUAAUGUAAAAUGAAAUAAAAACAAGCAAUAAA